UUUUCUUCUCUCUUGUCUCUCUGUUUGCACCAUUCAAGCUUUCUCUCUCCUCUUUUUCUCAUUUGCACUUCAAAUUCUUCAACUUUCUGAGUUUUUUUGAAUUUUUUUACAAAUUGUUGGUGAAAAAUGCGAAAACAGAGUUUCAAUUAAAAAUGAGUAGUAGCUUUCAUCUGUAGUUGACGAUCUUGAAUGAGUUUUCUUGUUGUUUCUGGAAUUUGAAGCUGUUUGGCUCAAAAUCAAUCGAUUUCUUCAGUUACGUGGUUGAAUUCGGAGAGAAGAACAGCAAUUCGAAAGCUCAACCAUACAGAAAGAACAAUACUGAAGAAAAGGAAGAAGAAACUUCAAUUACUGGUACCGAUCCUCGAAGUCGUCGCUUCAAUUUCAUCUUCCACCAUUUUUGUUCAAAUCAGCUCAAUCUGAAGCUUCAUUUUCAAAUUUGCAAGCUUUGAAGAAUCUUCUGCAUUUUACACCUGUUUCUAGAAUUCGAAGAUUGAAGCUCUGAUUCAAUCUUCCUUUUUCCAGAAAAUUGCAAGUUUUUUCUUCAGGUGUAGUAGAUGGAAAAGGAAGUGGUAAAGAAUCAUAAUCAGCAGCAAUAUCCCCACAACAAUAACAAUACCUCAACGAGUAGCCUUAGGGAGAAGCACAUAAUUGGAGAGGGUUCGGCCGAUUUGGUGUUGCGGUGGGGAAGCCGGAAGCGUCUCCGGUGUAUGAAGAUCCAGGUCAAAAAUGAGUCCGCUCAGGUCACCCGGACAACUGUCCGGGUCGACCGACGGGUAGUUAGAUCCGAUAAUAAUAAUAACAAUAGUACGGUUGGUGGUGGUAAUCAUCUUACAAAUGGGCAUUUUAAUCUAAGACAACGGCCUGCAUCUCCUGCUCGGCCUCCUUCGCGAAUUCUGAGGAAUUCAGAAAUUGGAUCAGGAAUGAAGGGGCAGCAUAGUAAUGGAGGAGGCAUGAGAGGGUUGGGGUCUCCAGACAGAGAAAAGAAAAGUGGGGCCCAUCAUCAACAACAACAACAUCACGAGAAUAUGAUGGUAAACGGUGGAGGAGGUGGUGGUGGUAGGACAGCGUCGUCUGAGACAAAGGGUGGCGGGUCAUCCUCGGGCGGUGGUAGCGACGUCGUUUGGCCACCUAAGUUUAUGAUCGCACUUACUAAUAAAGAAAAGGAGGAGGAUUUUAUGGCAAUUAAAGGUUCUAAGCUACCCCAAAGACCCAAAAAGCGUGCUAAGUUUGUUCAACGUACCCUCAAUUUAGUUAGCCCUGGGGGUUGGUUGUGCGAUUUAACUUUGGAGCGCUACGAAGUUAGAGAGAAAAAGAUCACUAAGAAGAGGCCAAGAGGAUUAAAGGCAAUGGGAAAUUACAUGGAAUCGGACUCGGAUUAAUAGUGAGUAGAGUUGUUAUUUCAUGUAAGUUAUGGCAGUAUCCACAUAUGUGCAUGAUGGAAAAGGAAGGAAAUCUGUGUAAAUUGUUACAUUUUCGUCCCAUGAAAGCAAUGACGAAGACGAAGAAAAUAGAAUUUUGUCUC